GACCGGACGCGGCUAAUGGUGGGUCCCGAGGCCGCCGCUUCCGCCGGCGCGAGUGGCUGUGCUUGCAGCUGUCCUUGGCCGCGGGGUCGUUGUUUGCUCAGAGGCCGCAGGGUCGUUGUUUGCUCAGAGGCCGCAGCACUCAUGAUGAACUUACUUCAGGUUGUGCGUGACCACUGGAUACAUGUACUUGUCCCUGUGGGAUUUGUCUUUGGAUAUUAUCUAGACAAGAAGAAUGAUGAAAAACUAACUGCCUUCCGGAACAAGAGUCUGUUAUAUGAAAGGGAACUGAAACCUAAUGAAGAAGUCACCUGGAAGUAAUGGCUACAGCUAAAUUACAGAAUGUUCACGUUUUUAAAUUAUAAGAGAAAUAAAAACACUGAUUAUUUAAUAUGAAAAAU